AUAUUUCCGCACCAUAGUUGUGUUUUCCUUCUACUGAGUGACCACAUACGUUUUUGGAUAGCACAGCUAAACUGUAGUCUAAAUACACGUUAUUUGCAAAACAAACCCACAGUCUUUAGAAUAUGUUACAGAACGGAAGAAAAAAGGGAAAAUGGGUGGUGUCUUUGGUGUGAGAUGACCUUGUUUUAUUUCCUGCCAUUUCAGCAUGGAGACAGCGCUGUCGGUAUUCGCCAAACCUCCUCGCACCGUCUGGUCUGAACCGGUUCGGAUUCUGCGCGGUCUCGUGCGCACUGCAGACCUCACGCACUGAUUACAGCACUCCGCGCGCCCUUACCAGGCUCAACCCCUCUUCCGUUUACACCGCUCUCAUUGGAUAUCAUGUUCGCGGCUCGCCCACAUUUUCCGCGUGUUGUUGGACGAUGACAAAGCUUACGAGUCGUGAUUGGUUCAUGCCCCUCUAGUCCAUGUAUUUUGGGGCAGACCCCGUUUACUGUGCACGGGCUUGUGUAGAAGUGGAGUUGUAAACGAAGCGCGUGCACUUUUCAGCACCAAUACCUCGUGGAUAGCAGCCAGACGAAGCAAAAAGGAUGGCCGUUGCCUACUAGCUUCCUUUAUUGUAUUAAACCGACGACUUUGCGGUUUGCGACGCCGUAUAACCCCUGCGAUCACAGAAAACUUUACGCAUAGUUUUGAGACGACAAGUGGAAGAUAUUGGAAGGUGGAAGGUUUGUUUGCCCCGGCGGGCAAAUUGUGCCAAGAGCUGCAUCUUGGUUGAGAGAGGCAAGUUUCUGCGAGUAAAAAUCGCGUUAUUUUCGACUUUCGACGCAUUUGCGCGUGUUGGCUUCACCUAGCUGCGCCCCGGGUGGACUAAGUGGAUGCAAAUGAAGGGAAGCAAAGGUGAUAAAGACGAUUAUUUAUCCUAGCCGGUUGAGCCGUGGUCCUCUUUUAGCCACAUCACAGCCCGCUCGAACGGCUAGCCUCCGAGGUCUCCAUUGUGUGAGCAUCCACUGCCGCCUUAACAGCACCCCCGGAUCCCGCGCUGCCACGACACAUCUGCCGUCUCCCACAGAUACAGCUGUGUGUUUUCAGCCAGAUUUGUUUAACGUUAACGCACCAAAAAUGUGUUCUCGGGUUUGGUUCAUCACCGACCGACGCAUCAGCCAGGAAUAUCCCCAAGUUCAGAUCCUCCGGGCACUGAAGGAGCGCUGCACCGAUGAGGAUGUUGACUUCCGUUAUCUUCUCAUGGAUCAAAUUGUGCUUACGAUCAGCGAGGGGCAACUAGGUCUGCGAGUGGAGCAGGAAAUGGUGACAUCUUAUCCACAGGUGGUGUUGGUGCGGGUGCCCACCCCCUGGGUGCAGUCAGAUAGUGACAUCACUGUGCUGCGCCACCUGGAGAAGAUGGGCUGUCGGCUGAUCAACCGGCCCCAGGCCAUACUGAACUGUGUCAACAAGUUCUGGACCUUCCAGGAGCUGGCAGGCCACGGGGUGCCUCUUCCUGACACCUUCUCCUAUGGAGGGCAUGACAACUUUCGUAAAAUGAUUGAUGAGGCAGAGCCGCUGGGCUACCCUGUAGUGGUGAAGAAUGCACGUGGCCACAGAGGUAAGGCUGUGUUCCUGGCACGGGACAAACCCCAUCUGAUAGAUCUGUGCCACUUGAUCCGCCACGAUACCCCCUACCUGUUCCAAGAGUAUGUCAAGGAGUCGCAUGGUCGUGAUGUGCGGGUGGUCCUGGUGGGCGGCCGUAUCAUUGGCUCCAUGUUACGCUGCUCCACUGAUGGUCGCAUGCAGAGCAACUGUUCCCUGGGUGGUGUAGGUAUGAUGUACCCCCUGAGCGAGGAGGGCAAGCAGCUGGCCAUAGAGGUGUCUAACAUUCUCGGGAUGGAUGUGUGUGGCGUUGAUCUCCUGCAGCUCAAUGAUGGCUCAUUUGUGGUCUGCGAGGCCAACGCCAAUGUGGGCUUCAUCGCCUUCGACCAGGCCUGUGGCAUGGAUGUGGCAGGCAUUGUCGCCGACUUUGCCCUGUCAAUGCUCCCCAGCCGCCUCACCCGUAAGAUGUCCCUGCUGUCUGUCGUGUCAAGCACCAGUGAGACCAGCAGUGAGCCUGAGGUGUGCCCCAUAGUCGCUGGCAACGGCUCGCUGCCCGAGGCCGUCUGUAAUAUGAGCGUGGGUUCUACCUCCAGUGAGAGUGACCCGGAGCUGGCCGAGCCCUCCCAGUCCUCACCCCGCCAGUCCACAACCCCCACCCUGCCCAGUCUCCCUGAUCCAGCCUACAACUUCAACACCCUCCUUGCCAACGAGAUCAAGUUAUUGACUGAGUGAGAUUCAAACAGCUUCAUGCACACACACACACACAACACCAACAGAAAUACAUAUUAAAAACACACAUACACACACCUGUAUGCAUGGCAACAGGCAUUCCUUUUAAACACAUUAUCUUUUCAAAACCUAUGACAUUUUAAGUAUUAAGGGUGUUAAAUGCAAAACGAGAGCAGACAAAGAGAACAUGCAUACAGAACCAACCACAGAAAUACAAACACCAAAACAUGAGCCUUCUCCUACUAACUCCUUUCAAUAACAACUAAGAUCUGAGGCUGCUCCCCUGACUCUCCUGUUUUUUGCAUCUCUACUCCCAAACUAUAAACCCCACUAUUCUAACUUAGCUUACACUGCAGCAAGGUGGUGGGAGUGGGACAUAGAGCAUAAGACGACUGCUAAAUUGGCCUCUUCUACUUUCUGUUAUGCCAUUUUAUAAGAGUGAAAGUGACCAAAUGUGGGAUUCUCAGAAAGUCUUACACUUGCCAUGUUUUUAUCCUCUCAGUAUGAUAACAUUAUUUAAAGGUGAAUCUGUGUUGAUAUAAAAAGAGUUUCCUGUUGAUACUAUAGUCAAGUUCAGUGGAUUGGAAGCAAAAUGAAGUGUUUCUUGUCAAGUGGUUAGCUCCUUGGGAGAGGGAUACAUCCUCAAGGUGUGCAUAUUAUACUGUCAGCUCCAAUGUAGCAAUGUAGUGCUCCCAUCAAGGACACCGAACAGGGUGAGGACCAUCUUGUAGCAACUGGAGAUGGAAAAAUUUCAUGUCAAGCUGAAUUGCUGUUCUAAUUCAUAAUAAUUAAAAUAGGGAAUUCAUUCACCAUGCCACAUUACAUGACAUGUAAAUCCAAAGUGUGCCACUCUGGAUUUGUUUCCAUAUUUUAAAAUCAACUGCCGACCACUACAGCAUUGAUUGUAAGAGGUUAAAGUCUUCAUGAUAUUACUAAAGUUCAUCAGCAGUUUAUUUUUUAGCAUUUGGAAAGCUACAGCUUCCAUGAAAUAAAGCUACAAGUACUUGUGUCGUUGUAAAGUGGUUUCAUUUGUAUCCACAAAAAACUUACCAAGAAUCUGUUUAAAAUUCAUUCUUUCAACGCUGUAGCUUUAAAUCCUAUGGAGAGUGAUGUUCAUUAUAGGCACUAGCAUCCUAAAUUCUGGAAUGGAACCCGGAUGUUCCAGAUUCACUUUUGUCUCUCUAAAUCCCAGAUUUGAAUCACUGAUAUUAAAAGUGGAGCUUCUACACUGACAGUGAAUAAGAGUCUGACAUUGUGGUGUCAUUGAGUUCUCUCUCAUGUGUAAACAGGAAUAUUGUGAAUCCAGAAUACACAGCACCAGAAAAUCGUGGGUGCUGACAACGGUGGCCAUAAUGUUCACUGUGAGUGGAGCAGGCUAAUGUAAAUGUACGCAAAACAGCCCUAACCUGUGCAAAACAGUAGAAAUAACAAAUAAUUGUUCUGCUUAAGAGUCUUAACAUGGGAUAUAAAAAAUGAACUGAGUGCCAUGACUAGAUUUUAAAUUUUUCAUUCCCAGAUAGGUUGUGUGAUCAGCCUUGCCAACAGCAUCAGUCUGCUGCUUUUUAACAUUCAUUAAAAGACUUGCACUUUACAAUAAACAGAUGCAUUGUUUUUCUCACUCAGAUGACAUAGUCAGGAUACACGAGACAGAUUGUGAAAGCUGUGUCUACACCUACAAGCAAAAUAUACCUCAAAAAAGUGAUCUCACUACCACAGGAUGACAUAGAUAUUCAAACAUGCAGUGCAGGAUUCUCUUGGUUGUCGAAUGGCCCCAGAUUUACCAGUUGUUCCCUCUCAUUUUGCCUAGGAACUAAAAAUGUAGCUGUGACUUUUUUUAAUUAGCUUUUAGCUCUUUUGUUAAUCUUAUGGUACUGAAUUAGUUUCAGUGCUUGUGUCGGCUAAUGAAACUGGAAUGGCUGAAAUAACUGCCAACAUUAAAAUAUCCAUAAGCUGUUUGGUUACAGACUGGUAUGUACAGACCUGCAGUAUUGAACGGAUGAAAAUGAAAUUUGGUGCUAACAUUUCUGGAUUAGAUGUGUUUUGACAUGAUUUGUACAGUUUACUUUUGUUUUGACCUUGUGUUAUUUUUUCCUUCAGUAAAAAUUAAGUAUCCAAACCCACAGUAUGUUGGCAUGAUGUACAAAUAAAAGAUGGAAACUAUAUUUUUGCAGUCUCAUUGAACAGAAUGUACAUUUUUCUUUCCUUAGAAAAAGACGGAAUGAAGUCCAGACAUAAGUCCAAGAGCUUAUCUUGAUUUACCUCACGUAUACCUUCUGAAAUACCUAUCAACACAGAGGUAGAGUACUCUGGGGUAAAUCCAAAUGCCUAAAAAUUAUUUACAGCUCUGAUCAAAAGCACAAAUGCAAAUCCUAUGUUGUUCCCCUUUGUGACAUCCUUGCCUUUAGGUUGUAUCCCUUUCUGUUGCACAUAACUCAGGGAAGCAGCCUGGAUCUCACCCCCUGACCCCCAAAGACAUGACGCAUCCAUCCGAACUAGUCACAUCAAAAACAUAAUAACAUAUCUACAAGCAGACAAAAAGACACAAACAACAAAGAAAAAAAGCUUGUAAACUACAGUAUAAAACAAUGUGGUGUAUACCAUGGUUAACAUGCACUUUUUUUCCUUGCUUGUUUUCUUCCUAAUUUAUGGUAUUUUUAAAGAGAAAAAGUGGUUUGUGUGCACUAACGUUGUCUCAAUAAAGUGAAACCACUGUGAAGCUUGAUUUUAUUUUAUUUUAUUUUUUUGUGGCCCGACUUUACUGUCUGGAAUCUUAACGUGAGUACGUUUAAGGGUGCCAAAUCUCAACCCGGCAGAAAACAGGAAAGGCAGCUUUUACUUUGUCUGCUGUCAAGUGAUCACAGUGGCUCCACUGAGAGAAUAACACCAUUGACACUACUGUGAUGUUGUUUGGUUAUUAUAUAAUAAAAGUGUCUGACAAAUAAACUGUGAAAUGCAAAGACCAUAGGGCUUGGUCAUCAAGUCACAUUCAGACUUAAAAGCUUACAGUCAGUAUAUGGGUGAACCAUCUCCAAGUGUUGUCCCGGCCCCUCCCUUUUUUUUUGUUUUUUUUUGUCUUUGUAGUUGUAUUGAAGCCUGCAUCAUUCCACAUUGUGUACAUAAGUGUAAAUCAAAAAUCACCUAUGAUUUUGCAACAUUAAAAUAGCCAUCUGUAGGAAAGAUUAAAGCAAUCAUUUCUCUCUUGCAGCCCUUGUUUUUUGUUUUUGUUUGUUUGUUUUUGCUUUUAAUCCGUUGUUCAUACAUCAUCUGUUUGCACACUGAGAGUUCACUUAACUAUACACUAAAUGCCUUUACAUCAUCUGGUUUCUGCUGGGAAAACUGAUUUGAGCAAGGUCCCUGUUCAGGCAGGAUUCUUAAUGCUUGGUCUUCAGUGGCCAUAAUACAACGACUACAAUGCAUGGAAGCUACUGAAAAAAGC